CUCUACUAUCUCAACAUGAGUUUGUUACGGUGGCAUCGGGCUCGCUGCUUGAUUGCUCUUCACUCACUCACACUGUGUUAGAGAUCAUCUCACCGAGUCUUGUCGGCGCGGAGGAGUCGCGUGGCGUCCACUAACCCACACUCGGACAUUUCGACUUCUCAAACGCCUUCCCCGGUCAUUAGGACUAAUAAGGACAAAAGGACGGAGGAGUUCCACCGUGGGAAUGACGGAGCCGCAGACAAACGCUUGGCACUAAUCUCGGCCAAUGACUGACACGUACAGCAAGCAAGGGCGAAACAUCUUAAAACUGGCUGGCGUUGAGAGCAGCCUGAGGACUGAGGCUUGGGUCUCGAAAGGAUUCAGCACUGAAUGCUGCAUAUCUCAGGGUUUAUUGUGUGCAUGCGUGUAGUUGUAAUGUAUCCAAACAAUAGGCAGUUUGGAGAGGGGAAGUAGGAGCUUGUAAUACACGCUUCCCUUGUGUUUGUCAGCCAGCCGGUAGGCAUAGGAAAGCUGAAGUCCUGUUUUAUACAGCUGGACACUUCUGAAGCGUUUUAAAUUAUUAGCUCUUUACCGAUCCGCGUUGAAUAAUUAAACCCCUCGUUUUACUUAACAAUUAGCUUAGGGGUUCUCUCCAGGGACUGCAGGCGCUAGUUAGGCGUUUUUAGCUCCAUAUCACUGGAUGAAGGACGACAGAUGUGCAUUUUCCAGGAAAGAGCCGCUUUAUGUGUGACUUUAUAGUCUAAUGAUUUAGUUUAAGCACUGACAGAAGUUUUAAACUUCCUGCUUUAGUUUCUCUGGGCUCGGGGUGUUAUUGUUAUAAAGAUUAUGGCAGCCGUUGUGAAUUACUCUCCUCCGUGGUGGGUUAACCUUCUCCACAGACUGCCUCACUUUAAUCUGCAAUUUGAACAAACCAGCAGUGAUUUUCGACCGGAGGACUCGUCUUACCAGCAGUCUAUCCUGCUGCUGGGCAGUGUAGCUCUGGCAUGCUUGGCCUUGGACCUCCUCUUCCUCCUCAUCUACUCCUGCUGGCUGUGCUGCCGCCGUAAGAAGAGCGAUGAGCAGCCAAACGCAGACUGCUGCUGCACCGCCUGGUGCGUCAUCAUUGCCACCCUCAUCUGCAGCGCUGGCAUUGCUGUUGGUUUCUACGGGAAUGGCGAAACCUGUGAUGGCGUGAAUCGGCUUACCUACUCCCUCCGCCAUGCCAAUCGCACUGUGUCAGGAGUGGACAGACUGGUGUCAGAAAGUACAUCAGCUCAGAGCCAGACUGUGGACGAGAACCUUCAGCUACUAAAGGACCAGUAUGCAAAGCACACAGACUACCUGUCCAUCGUACAGAAACUCCAGGAUCAGCGGAGUGAGCUGGUUCAUCAGAUGACUGACAUUCCCUUUUGGAGCGAUCUCAGCAUCUCCCUGGAGGAUCUGGCAACCCAGAUUGAACUAUAUGACUGGUACCGGUGGCUGGGCUACCUGGGUCUGCUGCUGUUUGAUGUACUCAUUUGCUUGCUGGUGCUCUUCGGCCUUAUCCGCAACUCCAAAGGAACUCUGAUUGGGGUGUGUUUUCUGGGUGUGUUGGCGCUGGCAAUCAGCUGGGGCUCACUGGGUCUGGAACUGACUGUCUCGUCGGGCUUCAGUGACUUCUGUGCGGCGCCUGACAUGUACAUGACCAAGGUGUCAGAGCAGUAUAUGCUUAUCAAGAAAGAUAUCCUGCAGUAUUACCUCACAUGUAACGUGGGUCAGGUCAACCCCUUCCAACAGAAGCUGUCAGGAAGUCACAAAGCACUGGUGGAAAUGCAGGAUGAUGUGUCAGAACUACUGCGCUCUGCAGUCCGGGAAUACCCCAAAACAAAGGGAAACCUUGAGCAAAUUCAGGGGGGUUUGAACACCACUGAAGUCGGACUGCACCAGCUCACUGCUCUUGUGGACUGCCGCAGUUUGCACAUGGAUUAUGUGCAGGCAUUGACUGGAGUGUGUUAUGAUGGACUGGAGGGUCUGAUCUACCUGGUGCUGUUCUCAUUCAUCACAGCUCUCAUGUUCACCUCUGUCGUCUGCAGUGUGCCACACACAUGGCAUGGCAAAAGGCCUGAUGAGAACAGUGAGGAGGAGUCCAUGGCUCAUGGAGGCAGGCAGAAUCAUGAUAACCUGUACCGGGUGCACAUGCCCAGUCUCUACAGCUGCGGCAGCAGCUAUGGCAGCGAGACCAGCAUCCCUGCGGGAGCACACACUGUCAGCAACGCUCCUGUUACGGAGUACAUGACCCAGAAUGCAAACUUCCAGAACCCUCGCUGUGAGAACACCCCUCUGAUCGGGAGAGAAUCUCCUCCUCCAACUUACACAUCCAGCAUGAGGGCCAAGUACCUGGCCAACACCCGGCCCGACCCCAACAGCAGCACCUCAGCAAACUAGAGGAACACCGUCUUCUUUCCCUUCAGUCUAAAGCUCCCACUCACCCACGUUGUUCCCAUAGCCCAGACCGGUUUCACCCCAGGCCCACCCAUCCAGCCAUGUUGAUCUUUGAUGCGUGCUCUCCAACCCAGCUGAUAAAGGACAUCCCUGCAUCAUGUAAAUACUGCUGUCAGAGCAAUGUUCCAGAGGCCUCUUGUGCUGUUUCCAGAUGGCCGGUUUAGUUCAGGCAGCUAAGUAGGGUUACUCUCAGCCCUGAGUGCUUGUGUGUGAGCGUCUGUAAUGAGUAUGAACUUCAUUACCUACAGAUGCAUUGAGUGACGUGUGUGUGUGUGUGUGUGUGUGUUGCUUGUGUGUGAGCAUCUGUAAUGAGUAUGAACUUCAUUACCUACAGAUGCAUUGAGUGACGUGUGUGUGUGUGUUGCUUGUGUGUGAGCGUCUGUAAUGAGUAUGAACUUCAUUACCUACAGAUGCAUUGAGUGACGUGUGUGUGUGUGUGUGUGUGUGUGUGUGUGUGUGUGUGUGUGUGUGUUGAUUCAAGCUGCCCUUGCUCAUUUGUGGUGCUCUUGCCAGAGGUUCAGAAAUGGUCCAAAACUGGACUGGGUUUAACGCCCAUAACCCUACAUUCCUGCGUAGCUUCUGUCCUCUGGUCAUUUGAAGUAAUGUGACCUUCUCCAUUUGCAGGACCUACUGCCACAUCCCGACUCUACCAUUUACAUCAUUGGCAUCUACUGUAAUAUAACUGAACCGAUCUAAUCUGAACAGCGUGAGAGCAAUGAGAAUUUUCCCAGAAUUCAGUAAUUGGGUUCCACUUGUUUAGGCUAGCCAUUGAAUGUACGUCAGUUGCGGUGAAUUAUGGAAGUGAGUGUACUUGAUUAUGUUCACUUUAGUUUCGGACACCAAAUAGUGCACUAUAUUUCAGACACAGUCCAAGUUUCUCGUCAAAAAGUUGCUUUUAAUGACUCUAAUGGACCUUAAAGAUAAAAAUCUGACUGUGGAAGUUUAUGGACAUGUUUGCUUUAGCAAACAUGUUGCGUUACGGAUUCCAGUGUAAUGCAUGAAAUAUAAGCUUGAGUUAGCUAGCUUUUGCAUUUUUGUACUUGUGUAUAGUAUGUUUCAGGCCUAAAUCUGUAGCAUACGCUGGUUGUGAGGAGAAGAUAUUCUUGGAUUUUUCAUCUCGUUUACAGGCUUGAGUUUUCAGUGAGAAAUUAUGGUUUGUAGAUGUUUACUUAUUGAAAUUCUUGUUGGGUUCUUCUCAAUAUACAUGGACUGAAUGAAACCAACUACUCAUUUAACUGGGCUGUAUCCACUGCCAUUACUGGAAAACCUGGACAAGCAGAGCUGGACAAACCAGCCUAACAAAGAGGAAGUUGAGGAAAACCUCAUCAGAUUGUUGACCAAACCUGGAUUUUGACCAAACGCUGAUGAUCUGGACAACCUCAAACUGCUUUUAUAUCCAAGGACUUUCAGUCUGAAUUCAACAGAACUCUACAAUUGUUUAGUCUGAUGCUGGGAUCGCAUCUGAACAUUACAUUUGUCCUAAUACUGUUCAAACAUGGAGACACUGGCACCAGCUUGCACAAUUUGUCAUGGCUUAUCUGUUCUAGGAAAGAAGCUGGGAGAAGUUCAUUGUAGUGUACACAAUGUAAACUUAACAUUUGGACCUUAAUUUUGCUGAUCAGUUUAGUCUUCAGGGAAGGGGACACCAAUAUGACAGGAAGUAAAGUCAUCAGUGUCAUGUCUUUUUGUUGUUGUUGUUUUUUCAUUCAAAGAAAUGAAAGCGAGCCGCAAGCCUCGGUAAAUUGUGCUGUAAUUCAAUGUGACUUCCAAAGCCCGCAAUUUCCUGGCCUUGUUGCUUCUGUACCACAAAUUGCUUUCAUUCCCAGAGUUGAGGGGAAACUUGCCAUCCCUGAAGAGGACGUAAAAGUGAUGUGCUGUCAUCCAGAAUAUUUUCCCCUUGAUGAGAGCACAGACACACAGGAGGCUAGCAUCCGAUCAAGGUGAACUCCCUUUCUCCUCAAGAGACCUCUCUCUGAUGUAAUAGACCGAGUCUAGUAUGAACACGUCUCCCCUCUGGACCUUAUAAAGUGGUGCCAAUGUUCUCACAUCAUGGGCAUCUUUGGUCCCACCUUCACACACACCUCAUACUACCAACAUCUCAACUUCAGGACACCAAGUCCAGGUCAUAUCCUUACCAUUACAGGGCUCAACAAAAAGCAUUAAAAAAUGCUGCAUUUGUAUGAUCCACGUGCUCUAAAUUCAUAAUGAUAAAGGUUCAUAAUUCAUGAAGAAUAGAUAAAGCAUUGGUUUGGUUGUUCAUUCUUAUUGUUGAGCCCUGAUUUCUAUCUCACAGAGAUCUGCGUGGGCUCUGCGUGCUGUUUAAAUGCGGACUGAUAACAAAUGCUAAUGUGACAGCGUUGCUCCUGAGGUCCCAGACUUUUAUGAAAACUUUCAAGGACUUCGUGGGGAAGGGUGUAUUACAGCUAUAAGCAAACAGAGCCUUGGAUUGUGUUCGUCAGCUGUUAUUGGACCAUGUGAGUUCUUUUGCUUCUCAAAGGCAUGGUCGCCCUAUAAACAUUUAGUAGAACCAUGUUGUGAGCUACUGACGCUUGCAUUGGUUUCUCGAUUGAUGCUUUUGUGAUCAAUGAUUAGGUCCGUACGUCCUCAACUGUGCCAAUAACCGACAGCUUUCCUGUAUUUCUAAAUGUUUCGCAUCUUUGAAGCGGACUCUCGUGAGCUCUGUGUGGCCUGAGCAACCAGAUGAGACACCUGUGAACAUGAGCCUGACGCUGUGGGAGCCUGACAUUUUUCUUUUUCUCUGUAAAUGACCACUUUAGUGAUGAUGCAAUCUCUGUUUUUAUGCUUGGUAAUGUCAUACUGCAAAAAUAAUGUAUAUACAGUAUAUUGAUCAAAUGUUUGCAAGAAAAUGCCCCAUUAAGGACAUGAAAUUGUGAUUAUAGUACAAACAGGAUUUUUUUUUUUUUUUAGUCCUCGUGACAUUUUUUGACAUUAGGAAGCACAAAAUAUGUCUCUUUCGUGCAAUUUAAUGAUUUUGGUCUUUUAUCAAGAUGUUUUUAUAUGAUUUCACUGUAGGAUGAACUUUUUUUCAGUUACUAAAAUAUUGUAAAUGUAAAAGCUGUGGUUUUAUUGAGCUUGAACCCUGUGUUUUCAGAUUAAACCUUACAUUAACUGA